CAUCUUUCAGGAAAUGAACGUGAAGAAAUAAGAAAAGCAGGAACUCCGUGCACUUGAAGGCGGACGAACGAGCUGCCGAAGAGGGAAGUUUGGCUUGAAUGUUACGGACGCCGCCGCACGUACAAGAAGAUGCUUAUUAAGGAAUUCCGAGUUGUUCUUCCCAUUUCUGUGGAGGAGUACCAGGUGGCUCAACUCUACUCGGUAGCUGAGGCCAGUAAGAAUGAAACAGGAGGAGGAGAAGGAGUGGAGGUACUGAAGAAUGAGCCAUAUGAGAAGGAGGAUGGGGAGAAGGGGCAGUACACACACAAGAUCUAUCAUUUGCAAACUAAAGUACCGGGAUUUGUGCGGCUGCUUGCACCAGCAACUGCUCUGAAAGUCCAUGAGAAGGCCUGGAAUGCUUACCCAUACUGUCGCACAAUAAUCACAAAUGAGUACAUGGAGGAUAACUUUAUGGUCAUGAUUGAGACAUGGCACAAGCCUGACUUUGGUGACCAAGAAAAUGUACAUAAGCUUGAUCCACAAGUCUGGAAGAAGACUGAGGUCGUUUACAUUGAUAUUGCUGACCGGAGUCAGGUAGAAGACAAGGAUUACAAACCUGAGGAAGAUCCAGCCACAUUCAAGUCAACGAAGACCAGAAGAGGACCUUUAGGACCUCAGUGGCGAAAAGAACUUCCUCAAAAGACUGACUGUCCUCACAUGUGUGCCUAUAAACUCGUCACUGUCAAAUUUAAGUUGUUUGGUUUCCAAAACAAAGUGGAAGGCUUCAUUCACAAGCAAGAGAAGCGCUUGUUUACCAACUUCCACAGGCAGCUCUUCUGCUGGAUAGACAAGUGGAUUAACUUGACAAUGGACGACAUUCGACGGAUGGAAGAAGAGACACAAAAGGAACUUGAUAAGAUGCGAGAAAAAGACCCAGUUAAAGGGAUGUCUGCCUCAGAUGACUAAAGGCCCUGCAGCUGGGACUCUGUGUUUGCCAGUGAGCAGCAGUAUUGUUCUUGUCCCAGGCGGUGCUCAAGAGGAUCCUUAUCUUUCCUCUUGAUUCACUUCAUUAUGGUGCCUCCCUCAAGUCCUUCUUCCAACACCAUGGAGAUCCUACACACCACAAAUCCCUCCAAGAGCUGAUUCUUACACUAAACAAUAAUGUAUAAUUAUGAUGCAGAUUAUUCAUGUUCAUUUUUAGGGUUUUUUGCUUUUAUUUUAAAUACAUAUUUUGUCACCACAGACAUUAACCUCCCACAUUUUUAUUGAGCUGGCUGACUUUUUCUUUCUCCCCCCC